AUGUUGAGAAAGACAGGGAAAUCCAUCUCCUCUAGUCAUCCAAACAUUGCCUCCAACAAUGGUCCUUCAGGAUCCUUCCCAAGCAGCCCUGCCAUGCGUCGUCGUCGGAAAGAGUCCGAAUGCAUGCUCAAACUAGAGCGAGUCCUGGGUUUGACAUCAAACAAGCCCAUGAUCCUAUCCGUCAACUCGACCCAUGAUCUUGUUGCUUAUGCGGCUGGCUGUGUCGUUGUCCUCUACAACCAUAAGCUCGACAAACAAGUCGGCCUGCUUUGCAGCGCGACGCUUAACAAAGCGGCCUCUUCCUCUUCGGGAGACGGAAUAAUGUCCGCGUCAGGACCAGGAUCGUAUCAUUCUGGAAUGCUCGGUCCGGGAGGAAGCGGAGUAGGCCCGUCGAGAGGCAUUGCAUCCCUUGGCGGUUCACCUAGGACUAUGGCGGGGACUCAAUGGAUGAGCCAUCCCAUGGCAAGCGCCAAUAUCAAUCCGCUGGCGGGUCUGGCGCCCAUGUCCCUUGCUGAACCCUCCUCCAGCUUUGGUGCUUCCAACCCAAGUAGCAACAAGAAUGUGAAACCCAAACCCAUUUCCUGUCUCUCCUUCUCCCCAGACGGCCAGUUCCUGGCCAUUGGCGAGACGGGACAUCAACCGAGGACUCUUAUCUGGGAAGUGGCAUCUCAGUCGCUCGUGGGAGAACUGCAAGGCCACAAGUUCGGGGUCCAGGCUGUCCAGUUUUCUCCCAACUCAAAGUUUGUCGUUACUUUGGGCUUUCAGCAUGAUGGAUACAUUCACGUCUGGAACUGGAGGACGAACACGCAAAUCGCGAGCAAUAAGGUGACCAGCAAGGUCAAUGCUCUUGCCUUUUCAGCAGAUGGAUCUUAUUUUGUCACAGCUGGUCUGAGGCACAUCAAAUUCUGGUAUCUGAAUGUUGGCGCCAACAAGCGAGCUGGAUCCUCGAGCACACGAGUUUUGGAUGGACGCUCAGGAAUACUCGGUGAACUUCGGGAUAGCAGCUAUGUCGAUGUCGUCUGCAGUCAGGAUGGGCGGUUUACUUAUGCAAUCACCUCCAACGGCAUCCUCUGUGUGUUUUCAGAAGGACGAAUCAUGGAAAAGUGGAUCGACCUCCACGUCCGAGGAGCAUACUCUAUCAACCUAGAAGAAAGAUGCGUCAUCUGCGCAUGUACCGAUGGAUUCAUCAGACUGUUUGAACUUGAGACCCUACAAUACAUCGUAACACUUCCCAAACCUUCUCCGGUCGGCACAUUUGGCUUUGAGACACAUCAGGAACCUCAGGAAGAGCAAGCACAGCACGAGGUCAUUGCGGACGUUCUGGCCUCUCAGUUUGACGCAUCGUCGUCCAGCCUGAUUUGCAUUUAUUCAGAUCGCUCAAUCAUUGUCUGGAAUCUCUCCGACCACAAAAAUGCCGUUGUUUCUACCAGCCACCACUUUCACUCGGACUGUGUCUGGGGUGUUGAGAUGGUGCCUGAGCUGGCCACUGGCGAGCAGGGAGGAAAUCUGUUUCCCCCAGAGACGUUUGCAACAUAUUCCGCAGAUGGAUCAAUUAUAUUCUGGAACUUGAACGACGAUGUGUCAACACUUCCACCUCCGUCAGGUACAAAUCGGCUCUCAACAAGCGACACCACUGCUGACCCACCACUCGUCCACAAGGAGAUCGUCCGCGUAUUGUAUGCGGACGAGAACUGUAGGUCGUGGAUCCAGUCUCCUGACACACAGGACGCAAUGGACCCAGUGCACUCAUUAUCAACACUCGAGAAGCUCACAUAUCAGGAAGCACACGAUACAGAGAUUUUGGCGAUCGACUUCACCGACUCGGAGGCGCAAGAUUCGGCUGUAUUGGUCGCGACCGCUGGACGGGACCGACUCUUACAUAUUUUCGAUGUCCAAAACGACUAUGCGCUUGUGCAAACUCUCGACGACCACUCUUCGUCUAUCACCUGCAUCAAGUUUGCUGCUGACGGAUCGCGGAUGAUGAGCUGUGGAGCCGACAAGAGUAUCAUUUUCCGAAAUUGUCAGAAGAACGAGGAGGGGAUGACGUUCCAGCCAUAUCAUCAGGCGCCAGGACGGGCAUCAUUCUACGACAUGGCCCUGCAUGGUCCCAGUCAAACAAUGUCGGUGGUCUCGGGCGAUAGACGGUUCAGCGUCUAUGCAUUGGAGUCUGGAAAGUCCAUCCACACAUUCAAGGCCGAGACGAAAGGCAACGAUCUGACAGCAGGCAUGGCGGAGGUUUGCAGUAUGACUCAUCUCAGCGUGGACCCCACUGGUACCAUCGCAGCGGCGUCAGGAAGCGACAAGUCUAUUCGGAUCUACGACUUACUUCACGGAACAUGCCUGGCCCACACGAUUGCUCACUCUGAACUGGUGACAAGCGUCAAGUUUACGAAUGGAUUCACCCGGGUCAUAUCUACCAGCGCUGACGGAUGUGUGCUAGUCUGGCGGCUUUCAAAGGACAUCGUGCGGCGGAUACAGACCAGGACUCUGGAGAACGUCACCCUGCCAUCCUACCUCCAGGCCAAGGCAGCUGAAAAGGUGUCGAUCCCGAGCUCAAGUUCGACGUUGGGAGUGAGCUCGAGGCCGUUGAAGAUCAAGAAGUCGACGGAUCGAUUGACAUAUGCGAGCGAUUAUUCUAGUGCCUCUCGCAGAAACUCGACAACGUCUUUGAUGAGCGACGACUUUGAUAUUCAGUCUGACGAUUUGAAUCCCUCCCAGCUACAGCAGCAGGGUUCAAGAAACAUGCCAAAGGACUCGCGACUGGACGGUAUCUCUCAAGACUUCACUCCAGUUUCUGUGGCCAAACCAACAUCCGCCAGAACAGGAACGCGGACAAGGACAUCAACAGCUUCCAGUGUGAGGACACCUCUGAAUCGAUCUCGCCAAAACUCAGCAUCGCAGCCUGUCACACCAAGGUCCAAUCUGUCCUCGAGUCGCGCAGCUGUCUUGCCCGAGCUUCCUCCUUGGAACAAGAACAUUGUCAAGGAGAAGGUUGUUAUUCCACCCUCUACUCUUUCUUCCCAGAAGCCAACAGUAUCUACGUCGCCUCGCCAGCGUGUGACAAUGGCCCUCGUCAAGGGCAAGUGGCUUCCUACGCCUACUAACCCACGACCACGAGCAAUCUCCUUGGGGGUGCCUAACGAAAAGAGCCUCAUUUCCUCGGACCCCAGCGCACAGGAGACCGCAGAGCAGCAGGAACGACACGCCCUGAGCGACCAUACACCUCGCAGCCAUGCCGGCGCCACCAAUGUUGCCAGUGCGGAUGAUGACGAACUGAGCGAGGAGACAGAGCCAGGACUUGAUGACGGACUUGGAUUCGUUCCUCCAGGGUUUUGCGAUAGCCCGGUCAAGGGUGUCCCGGAUUCCGAUACUCGUCCCGAAGUUGAUCCUAAAAGGGCACCAACGAGUGGUUCAGCAGCGCGUCCUACAUCUCGCACGACCGGCAGCAUCGAUUCGACAGGAGAACCCAUGCACACGACUACAUCUGGAGCCGAGACGGAGGACGAACUUGUCGAGCAGGAGACCGGAGGAUCGGAAGAACGAGACGGGGAUGACGAAGAAGCAGAUGAUGACGAAAGUGCUAUCGAUUCGGCCAGCGACCAUGAUGUGCUUUCGCCAAUACAAUCCAGAUUCAGAAGUCCAGGCAUGGACAUCCCUGGGCCUGUAGAGGUGGCGGGCAGCUUUGAGGAGGGUGAGCGUCUAAGGUCACCCGUAAGUGGCUAUAACAGCGCGACCGCUUCGCCUUUGAGUCGUCGCGCAAGUUUGAAACCCGCAGAACUAGGUCGACGAAGUCUGAGCGCCAAAUUCUUGACGGCGCAUGCGGCAACUAUCAUGCUUGGGCUCGUCCGGAGUUCGAUGCAGGAACGCAACAGUAAUACUGGUAACGACGGAUUACACGGUGAUCCCCUGGAACUUUCUUCAGCCGAUACGACACCGACUAUGGAGGAGGACAAGGAGAUGGGUCUCGCAGAUACUGAACGUGUUGAGCCAGUGGCAGCGGAUGCAGACUCGAGGCCGUCAAGUUCAUCCCACAGUGAACCGACAGAGGCGGAUCAGGCUCAAAGUCGUGAGCACCAGCCAAUGUCGUUCGAAGAGCGCCUGAACCCGGCCUCGCUCAAUUCGCUGACCAAAGCCGUCAUGAGGCGAAGAGCGCGAAGCUCAGCCAUCGCCCCACCUGUUACUCAAUCGCCCACGCAACCUCAUAUUCAGGACGGUGCUUUCGUAGAGGAACAUUCAGGAUCGAGCAAUUCUUCAAGUGCCAGGACGCGGGGUUCAGCAUCAGAAGAGUUGUCAAAGGAGGUCGAGCGGACAAGGAAGCGACUUCAGGAACUAGGUUACCUGAGCAGCCCCACUGCCACAACCACCGCUGGAUCCCAUAUACCGCCGUCGUUGGACUCAGUUUUGGCAACCAUAUCCGCCGACGAGCUUGCGGGCGAGCAGAUCUCAAUGGAUCAGGUCGAGCGUAUCGACAGUAGGCCAUUGUCAGGAGGAAUGGACGUUGAAGCGCGUCCAAUGUCUCCGUCUCCUAUACAGCCAUCAUCCACAAAGAGUAUCCUGACGUCGCCUGCACAUGUCACUAGUCCUGUGAUUAAACGCAAUACAAGUCAUGGUGGUAUAAUCGUGGCCCCACCACCUUUCCAUGGCCAGACAGACGGCCAGGCCCGCGCACAAGCGUCGUUGGAUAUGGCACUUGCAGGAAUCGUUCAUAAUGACCGAGUGCCUCCCCCUCCUCCUCCUACCACAAGUCAACAUGGUUCGAUCAAGUCCAAGAAGGCAGCGACAAAGGACAAGAACGGUAACGGCGGAGAAGACGAUGAAUCGCUGAAGGACGCUUUUGCGAGGAUUUCGUUCUUGAUCUCCCACAAAGCCAAGUCGGCGACGGUUCGUCUCAAUGCUGGUGAUGACGGUGGCGCGGAGCAUUUGGCGGACACGCAAGCUUGGAUGAAGGAGACGCGCGAUGGGCUAUUGAAAUUGGUUGGAGAGGCUCAGGGUCACCUCUGGACACUGGAGCAGGCAUUUGCAGGCAGUGACGAUGUUGAAUAA